CUCCCUUCCGGGCGUCGGAUCAGACGCUUCAGAGCUCCAUGCUGGAAGGGAGAGCUCCAUGCUGGAAGGGAGAGCUCCAUGCUUGAUGCCAGAGGUCCAUGCUUGAUGCCAGAGGUACAUUGCGGGAAGUCGGAGCUCCCUUCCGGGCGUCGGAUCAGACGCUUCAGAGCUCCAUGCUGGAAGGGAGAUCUCCAUGCUGGAAGGGAGAGCUGUCGGAGCUCCCUUCCGGGCGUCGGAUCAGACGCUUCAGAGCUCCAUGCUGGAAGGGAGAGCUCCAUGCUGGAAGGGAGAGCUCCAUGCUUGAUGCCAGAAGUCCAUGCGGGAAGUCGGAGCUCCCUUCCGGGCGUCAGAUAAGACGCUUCAGAGCUCCAUGCUGGAAGGGAGAGCUCCAUGCUGGAAGGGAGAGCUCCAUGCUUGAUGCCAGAGGUCCAUGCUUGAUGCCAGAGGUACAUUGCGGGAAGUCGGAGCUCCCUUCCGGGCGUCAGAUCAGACGCUUCAGAGCUCCAUGCUGGAAGGGAGAGCUCCAUGCUGGAAGGGAGAGCUCCAUGCUUGAUGCCAGAGGUCCAUGCGGGAAGUCGGAGCUCCCUUCCGGGCGUCAGAUCAGACGCUUCAGAGCUCCAUGCUGGAAGGGAGAGCUCCAUGCUGGAAGGGAGAGCUCCAUGCUUGAUGCCAGAGGUCCAUGCUUGAUGCCAGAGGUCCAUGCGGGAAGUCGGAGCUCCCUUCCGGGCGUCAGAUCAGACGCUUCAGAGCUCCAUGCUGGAAGGGAGAGCUCCAUGCUGGAAGGGAGAGCUCCAUGCUGGAUGCGCAGAGCUCCAUGCUUGAUGCCAGAGGUCCAUUGCGGGAAGUCGGAGCUCCCUUCCGGGCGUCAGAUCAGACGCUUCAGAGCUCCAUGCUGGAAGGGAGAGCUCCAUGCUGGAAGGGAGAGCUCCAUGCUUGAUGCCAGAGGUCCAUGCUUGAUGCCAGAGGUCCAUGCGGGAAGUCGGAGCUCCCUUCCGGGCGUCAGAUCAGACGCUUCAGAGCUCCAUGCUGGAAGGGAGAGCUCCAUGCUGGAAGGGAGAGCUGUCGGAGCUCCCUUCCGGGCGUCGGAUCAGACGCUUCAGAGCUCCAUGCUGGAAGGGAGAUCUCCAUGCUGGAAGGGAGAGCUGUCGGAGCUCCCUUCCGGGCGUCAGAUCAGACGCUUCAGAGCUCCAUGCUGGAAGGGAGAUCUCCAUGCUGGAAGGGAGAGCUCCAUGCUGGAAGGGAGAGCUCCAUGCUUGAUGCCAGAGGUCCAUGCUUGA